CCCACAGGAAGAAGACGACGAAGAAGAAGGUAGCCGUGACGUCUGGCUGUGGUUGGUUGUUGUUGUUUAGCAACCAUUUGCUAGUUAACGGGUAGUUUACCUUUGACAUCGUAUAUGGCGCAUUAAGCUGGUUACGAGUAUAUGUGAGGUUUAAAGGGGAUUAAAAUGGCCCUGCAAAGCUGAGGAUCCAGUGAUGCCAUAGAGGUAGGAGGCACUGCCAGGGCUCCUCCACCGGAGGACGAGAGGUCUCCUCAGCAAUGGCAACCGAACUUCAUGAGACCAUAUUCAUGGCCAAGCAGGAGCGCCACAAAAACCUGUUUCUUAACUACAAAAACCUGAACAUUUUCCCCGUGGAGCUGCUGAAAGAUGAAGGCCUGCAGUUUCUGGAGAGACUUUACAUGAAGAGAAACUCACUCACUACACUGCCUGACAAUCUUGCUCAAAAGCUCCCAAAUCUCAUUGAACUGUAUUUGCACUCAAACAACUUGGUCAUUAUUCCAGAGGCUAUUGGAAACUUGGCCAGACUGCAGUCGUUAGACCUGAGCAAUAAUGCCCUGCAGGUUCUCUGUCCAGAGAUCGGCAGACUGAGGUCUUUGCGGCACCUGAGACUGUCCAAUAACCAGCUCAAAUUCCUUCCUCCAGAGAUUGGUGAUCUGCAGGACUUGGAGACGCUUGACGUGUCGAUGAAUCAACUGAUGUCUCUACCGGACCGACUGCAUCGCUGUCUCUCACUACAGAAUCUGACAGCGGACCACAACCUGCUGAGCCACAUUCCCCGGCAGCUCUGCUGGCUCCACCGCCUUAACCAGCUCUCUAUGGCAGCUAACCGGCUGACUUUCCUACCACUGGAUCUGGGCAGAUCACGGGAGAUGCAGUUUGUGUUUGUUGACAACAAUGUGGACCUGAAAGGACUCCCGUCCUACUUGUACAACAAAGUUAUCGGCUGCAGCGGAUGUGGCUUAUCUGCUCAAGCGCUGGAGGGUGGACUUGGUGAAAUGCUGGGUGAGGAAUUGAGUGAAGCCUUGGUUGGCCUGCCAGCUGAAGUGAAGGUGGUGGGCUCAGAGACAGAACAUGUUGUUCCCCUGGAGGAGCUGGCUAUGAGGACGCUGCACCGCAUCUACCACCGCCGCCCAGCAGAGCUCAGCUUGCUGCCUCCCAUCACCCUCCCAAAGAGCCUGCGGGAUCUGUUGCAGUUCCCCCUCGGUCACUGUCACCGAUGCAGCCAAGCCAUGUUCACGAUCAUCUACCCCAAACUCUUCCCCCUCCGUGACACCGCCCUGGCAGGAGUGCACCGCAGGACCACUGUGAGUUUUGUAGCCUACUGCUGCUCCAGUCACUGCCUCCGAACCUUUGACCUCCAGGGGUGAUCUCAUUUCCUUCUCUCUCCCCUCCCCCACUCACGCACUGACAUAUAACGUCAGCUGUGGAUCUUGAAUGUCUGUGGCUCGCUACUUGAUAAAGGACCUGGCAGAAGCAGCGUAUGCAGAUGUUUGGUAGGUCAGAUGAUGAACACAAAGCUCAACAUUUCAGAGCUUUGCAUUCCUGUUUGUGUGGGGGAGGUCAGCAGCAGUGCACAGUAGUGCUCAUUAAAUGGUAACUACCCACUCAUAACUGGGCACUUUUAAGAACAAACACUUUAAUCUUUGUGGAAUAAUAUGCUUUUUUCCACUGAAGCUUUUUGCAGCAGACUCAUUGGUUGCAGAGUGAUCUUUGAGGUGUUAACAUUUGUAGCAUGCUUUUGUUUUUAUGAUAACCGAAGAAUAUUUGAAGGUUUGUAAGUUCAAAGAAUGUUUAUCAGUUUGAUGUGUGUUAAUUUCAGCAGAAAUUAAAGUGAAUGUCUAAAAUAGAAAAUCUACAUUUGAGACAACAUACUGCAUGAAGUCAUGUUCUUAGUCACAGUUUUUGUGAACUCUAAGACCCACUAAAGACAAUGAGCCAAGGAUUCAUGUUAGGGCUGUCACGAUAUCAGACUUAAACUUCAUGAUUAUAAUAUUGUAAUAUGAGUGGUUGAAAAAGAAACUUCUGUACUUAUGCUUUCAGUCAGAUUCAAUAACUUUGUUUAUUGGCCAAUUAAUUAAACUCAAAAUUCAUAGACAUGGCGAGAGAUGCUAUGAUGCUUAACCCUACAAAAGCAUACAAAACAAAAAUUUUUCAUAUUGUGCAUUGACACAAUAUUUACAUUUCAUUUUUAAAUAUCAGGAUUUUCAAUACAUGUUAUCGUGACACCUCUAACUCGCAUUUAUUUGACAGGUUAUGAGAAAUCACAGUUUGUUAUAUUCUAUAUCAGCUUUUAAGAUUUGACCAUUUUAUAUGUUAACAGCAAUGUCUUUUUGUCAUAACAACAAUUAUAAUAACACACUCUGUGUUUAAAAAAAAAUACACAAACCAAAAAGUCAGAUUUUCACACUUUUUAGGGUUUAAAGGACACAGACUUGUCUGUCUGCCUGAAGAAAAAGAGAGAUUUAAACACAAGCAGCGCUGUGUGUUUCUCUUGUUGAACUGAUAUGUGUGUGUGUGUGUGUAAUGUUUAUUACCAUAUUGUACAGUUCUAAUUUAUCAUUUGUUUUGUUUGGCAGUAAAUAUUGACUGAUGUUUGACUUUGAA